UUUCUUGGAGCAGAACGGCGACAUCGCAGGAGCGGGGAUGAACAUCAAUUUCUUGACGGCCUUGAGAGACAAGACGGUCAAUGUGGUGGCGGACGCUGCCAAAAGCACGCGCGACGCGGCUCGCAACACAGUGCAGACGACGGUAAAUGUGGUCGCGGAUACAGCAUCGACCGUGCGCCAAGCGGCAAACACCAUUGGCGACCUCCAGAAUACUUUGGUGGAAAAAAGCUCGAUGUUUCAUCGGACGACCCCGCUCAUCACGGGAACCACGUCUGCGGGAGAUCCAGACUCCCCAUUGGCUGGACUAGCAGCGUCGCAGGUGAACAAACUACGCUCACAGCAGAUGAUGGUGGUCGACGGGAAGUCUAAUAUCUCUCUGGGGGGAAACGCAGUCGAAGGUCUUGGCGGUCGUACAUCUUCUAGAGGUGAAGUCACGAUGUCAGAGGGUGUUGCACAACAUGGCGGCGCAAAUAAAAGCGCGGGUUGUUCUCUAUCCACUAGUACAAGUUUCGGAGCAGCGCAAGGUGGUGCAAAUCGGCCACUGUUUUUGUGCGCGAGUCCAGGCUUCGUGAAGCUCGAGGUGAGCAGCUGGC